AUGACGGAGAGCAAACCCAAGUUAUUAGUAUUUGAUUUAGAUUAUACUUUGUGGCCCUUUUGGGUCGACACUCAUGUCACCCCUCCAUUCAAGAAAAGGAAGAAUAAUGUGAUUGUCGAUGCCAACGGGCAAACAAUUCGUCAUUAUGAACAGGUGCCUGAUGUCCUGAAAAAAUUAUACGAUGAAGGAUAUGAGCUCGGAGUAGCAUCCCGCACCUCGGAGAUAAGGGGCGCCUUCCAGCUGUUAAAGUUAUUCCGGUGGGAGAAGUACUUCAAAUAUAAGGAAAUAUAUCCUGGCUGCAAACUGACUCACUUCAACAAGAUUCGCAAUGCCUCCGGCAUCAACUUCGAGGACAUGAUAUUUUUCGACGACGAGCCCCGAAACAUUCGUGAUUUAACAGAAGCUGGAGUCUUGUCAAUUCUGGUUAAAGACGGAGUAACUCACGAGGUAGUGAAAGAGGGUUUAGAAAAAUUCGCACAGAAAUGGAUAAAUUAA